AUGCAGCUUCAAAGAAAGCAAUCCUACAACGGUCUUCAAAUUUGGCAAGAUAACGUUGACUUGCAAGGUCUCAUAUUUUUGUAUAUUGACAUUCUAAAUCUACCUCUCGGGAAAAGAAUGCGAGCUUUAACACACCUUGAAAGAGAAGUAUCCAGGCUCUCUAUGAUAGAAUCCUCUGAAGCUCGAAAUAAGGCUGUAUUGAAAAGAGAAGAAUUACGUAAAUCCAGUUUAGUCAAUAGGAAUCAAGAAAGUGAGGAAAGUAUUCGAAGAGAAAUUGCAAAAAUUUGGGCGGAAGUUGAUAAUAUGAGUUUAGGAAUGGAGCACUUUUUCCGUGAAUUGGGCAGAAUCUAUAGCAUUUUUUCCGUUCAUUAUCAAUGGCACGAUAUUGUUGUGAAGGUGCCAAAACUUUAUGCUGAACUGCUGAUUAGCGGUCACACUAUAGAAUUGCUUGAUGGUGACGCUGGCGAGAUAUCUGAAGCUUGGUUCUCUGCCAUUUGUAACUGCAUUUGUAAAAAAAUUCCUAAGCUUCGAAUUUUCGUGAUCAGCAUUCUUGGUCUACAAUCAUCAGGAAAGUCAACUCUCUUGAACGCCCUCUUUGCAUGUAGAUUUGCCGUUUCUGUCGGGCGUUGUACUAGAGGUCUAUUUAUGCGACUAUUAUUCUUGGAAAAAAAUUUAUCAGAUCAACUCGGUGUUGACGCAUUUGUCUUGAUUGAUACUGAAG